GGAAGUGGGGGGGGGGAGAGCAAUCGGUGCGGGACCAAGAUGGCGACGGAAGGGGGCGAAGAAAACGCCGAGACGAAAAGCGGGAAAGAUGCGGCUCGGACGCCGCAGAAAGUGCGGGAGCUGCUGUCGGACAGCGUCGCGCCAACGGAUCAGACAAAUUCUAUUUCCGAAUCUCCCAAUGCCAGUCUUGAAGAGUCAAUACCUCCCUGUGAUUCAGCCAAUAAGGAAGCCUUCUUCUUGCGUGUUGAAACUUUCACAUCUUUGAAAUGGGCUGGCAUGUCCUUCGAGUUCUCACCUUUAUACUGCGCCAAGUAUGGCUGGGUCAACGUGGACUGCGAUAUGCUGAAGUGUUCCAGCUGCCAAGCAUUGCUCUGCUUAUCACUGCAGCCAACACAGGACUCCACCAAAUAUAAAGAGAGAGUCACAGAAUUGCAUAAAGCCUUGAAAACAGCACACGAGAAGUUCUGCUACUGGCCCGACAGUCCCUGUCCAGGUCGUUUCUGGGCUCUGCCUUUUAAAGAACCUUCAGUUCUUUUGAGUGGUCUGACAGAGCGGUUCAGGGGUUUAUGUCAGCUAGAAUUCCAGUUACCAACUCUGAAGCACGAUGACCUCAAAGACAUGACUCUUACAGAGGAUACCAUCAGCUUCCUGUUGCAGUUAAUAGAAGAUGAGGUAAAGGGGAGUGCUGCAAAUGAAAGUUCAGGCCUCAAGAACACUACAGAUAUCCUUUCUACCCAUGUCGCUGCCUGCAUUCUCGCUCUGGCUGGCUGGGCUGCCGGACCUUCAGAUUCCCUUCAACUUCCGAUCAUCAUGUGUUCCUACUGCAUGCGUAAAGUGGGUUUGUGGAGUUUUCAGCAGAUCGAGACGCUGGGCGGAGGCAGUGAAAUCGACCUUCCCAUCAGUCUUUGCAAUACUCCCAUCUCCCCCCAGGAGAACAAGGCGGGGAGAUCGACCCCGACUUCACUGACAAUAUCUCCCCACAGAAUGGUCACUCGCAGUCAGGACGCCGCCCAGUCUCUGCCCGGGGAACAGCAGGAAUUGAGCUCUUCUCCUAUUACACCACGAACACGGAGUCGAGAUACACACAGUCCCACUCCGGUCGACCGAAGCGAGUCCGAUUCCGUCAGCCCGGGGCUACGAGGCAAGAGACCCGCAACCCGAAGCAAGGGCCAAGGAGAAGUGCCAUCCAGCCCACAGAGGAAACCCAAGCGUCUACGCUUGUCUUCAUCCACCAGCUCCGAUAGCCCUAAGAGCUAUUUUGACCCAGUGUUUCAGCACAGAGACUGGUGCCCCUGGAUAACAAGGGACGGGGAGCCAGACAGGUCAGAGGAUCCUGAGCAAGGAGAGGUGGGCGCAGUGCCUGAUACAUUAGAAAGAAGAGAGCUGGGCUGGAGGACAGUUCUGCAAGUCCUUCUGUCACUACAACCAUCCAGGAGCCCAGAUGAGGAAUCUGAUUCCUUUUCUCUUUCAGAAAAAUCCAGGAAGGUCUUCCGAAUAUUUCGACAGUGGCAAGUCACAUGUUCCUCUUAGUUCAAGCCGUCCCUUUUAAGACGGUAUUGGUGCCAUUUGGAUCGGAUUGCAGGCAAUUUACAAAAGGACGACUGCGAUUUUAUUGGAGAAGAUUGAAAUUCGUUUUAGGUUACACACAUGAUGGUUGCUGCUUUUUGUAAAAUUAAAUAAAUGUUUUUAAAACUAA